AUGGCGAAGGGAAGUAAUGGCAAUCGAGAGUCUGAAGACCGUAACGAGGAAGGAAGAAAUGGCAGAGGAGGUCGUGAGGGGAAUGGUAUUGGAUACACUAAAAACAUAAGAAGGGACGGGAGUGGAAGAGAUCAACGCUCACGUGGAGAAGGAAGUAAUGGUCGAAGACGCGAGAGAAAACCGAAGGAUUCUUCUUCAGGGUCAUUGACAACACCAACUCCGGACCACCUUUCGAAAUCUUUCUAUCAGGCACCUGUCAUUCUUGAACGUAGACCACAAACUUCCAGCGUUUCAACUCCACAGGUUCCUGACAAGGGUGAAGAAGAAGGCUCUUCACAAACAACCUUUCACCCGCCUGUUCGCAUAUUUCGCGACGAUUCUUUUAACCGCGCAUCUUCAGUUAAUGCACCACGCGUAGAGACCAAGCCAAUGACUUUUAAAGGAAAGCCAUUCGACAAACCAUUUGUGAAAAUGAUUAAUGAGAAGGGUGUACUUAACCACGAAUCUGUUUUAAAGAAUCAACCCCUUCGUCCUAAAGGGGAGUAUAUUGGAUUUACUUAUUUAAACGCGCCUGAUACAUUUAUUGUAUUGGCAGAAUCUUUGAGAAAUCAAUUAUUUCAGUUGCCAAAAAAGGCUGGUAAAAAAGGCCAG